CUUUCCUCUUUUUCCUAAACUGGGAACCUGAUGGCUUAGACCUUUUCCUGGCCCUUUGUGUUGAUUUGGCACUCGAGCAUCAACAUAUUACUCAACCCCCCAACACACCUUGGUGUUGUGCAGACUGCUUUUAUAUUAUUCUGAACGAUUUCGCACAAACCAGAAAAAAAUGCAACAACAUGUCUGUGGAACUAUAUAUUCACAGUAUUAUGAAUGUAUUGUUGUUUAUUUGGUAGCAUUUCGUAGUGUGACUGUUUUGACUAAUUGCAUUAGUACUGUAGAAAGUUAGAAGUGCGCUAUUUGAUAGAUUCCCCCGCUCCCCCUACCUCGGGCUUCCAGUGGGGAGACCUGAGGUCAACCAACCCCCGCCCCCCUCCCCAUCUCAUACUUCUGAGUGGGAGACCUUCCUAGCCUGCCUGGCUCACAAUCCAGAAUCAGGGUGCCAACUCCGACAAGGUUAAUUGACCUACAGUCCCACACUGUGACAUGAUAUCAUUGACGUGACGUGCAAAUGAGCGAUAGAAAACCGAUAUUUAUUCAAGCAGAGUAUAUGAGAGUUGUACUCCAGUCUAGUAGGUGGCGGUAAUACAACAUAUAACAGAUUCCAACAUCCCUUAAACCUAAUCGAAGAAGAAGAACAACCACGUCCUUCGUUGAGACUGGCGGAGGGUUGACUGUUCAGAAUCACAAUCCCAUUUAAUAGAAGCAUCUAACUUCAUAGCUAGGAGAAUAAUCAACCUCUGGAGUAACUGAUGGGAGAUCGUAAAGUGGAUCAAAAUGGUCCUAUGCGGGUGUUGGUGACUGGGGGAACUGGUCUGGUGGGCAGGGCCAUAGAACAUGUGGUCAAAGAAGAGGGAGGGGCCAGGGAGGGAGAGGAGUGGAUCUUCCUCUCGUCUAAGGACGCAAACCUCAUGGACAUGGGUGAGACACGAGCUGUGUUUCAGAAGCACCAGCCCACCCACAUCAUCCACCUGGCAGCCAUGGUGGGAGGGCUCUUCAAGAACAUGAGGGCCAACCUAGACUUCUGGAGGAACAAUAUCUACAUCAAUGACAACGUUCUUCAGGCAGCACACGAGGUAGACGCUGUCAGGGUGGUCUCUUGUCUCUCCACCUGCAUCUUCCCUGACAAGACCACCUACCCCAUUGACGAGACCAUGAUCCACAACGGUCCUCCUCAUGAGUCUAAUUAUGGUUACGCCUACGCUAAGAGAAUGAUUGAUGUCCACAAUAGGGCGUAUCACCAGAAGCAUGGGCGGUGCUACACAGCAGUGAUACCAACAAAUGUGUUUGGUCCUCAUGAUAACUUCAACAUUGAGGAUGGACAUGUACUACCAGGUCUCAUACACAAAGCCUACAUUGCUCAGAAGGAGGGCAGUCCUUUGGUGGUGUGGGGCUCAGGAACUCCCAGAAGGCAGUUCAUCUACUCAUUGGACCUGGCGCAUCUCUUCCUCUGGGUGCUGAGAGAGUACCAUGAGGUGGACCCCAUUAUAUUGUCUGUUGGUGAGGAGGAUGAAGUGUCCAUCAAGGAGGCAGCUGAGGCCGUCGUCGAGGCGCUGGGGUUCAAAGGUCAAGUGACUUAUGACACUACCAAAUCGGACGGUCAGUUCAAGAAGACUGCCAGCAACGCCAAGCUGCUGCAGCACCACCCCAACUUCACCUUUACCCCCUUCAAACAAGCCUUGAAGCAGACGUGUGAUUGGUUCGUGGCCAAUUAUGACAACGCCCGCAAGUGAAUAUUCCUUCAAUAUGAUUGAGUCGUGGGUAACUGCAUACAUGGAGUGUGUCUGAAAGUGGGAGGAUCAACAGAAGCCGGUGUAUAGAAAGCGAAUCUGCUAAUUGGGCAGAUUUGUUGCCACUCAGAUUGGGCUGCACGACGAGUUGAUUGUUGACAACUGUAGCAUUUUAGCUAACCCUUUUCCUAACCUACCACCCGGGUUGGGUAGGUUACAUUCUAAAUUUAAUGUACCUGUCCAAAAUUGUAAUCAAUGUGAGUGUGUUGCUAUGGGUUAUAGUAGUAAGAGCCCAAUUCAAUAUUUUAUCCCCCCCAAAAAAGUGUUGAUACCUACAGGGGUCCUACAAUUCUAAAUCAAAUAGCUAAAUAAUCCAUUGGUCUGACCGUCUUAAAACAAUUCCAUAUGUUAGUUUAGUAAAAUCACCCCCCUGAUGUUACAUCCAUCGCUGUUGAUCCACUCACUUCUUUUGAAACUCCCACUACUCAGUCACACUUAAAGUAUGCAGUUACCUAUACGUGAUCUGAUUGGCUGUCAAGCAACAGUCCCAGGAAGGCAGGAGCAGGAAGAGGUCAUGGGGAGUCAAAUCUUCCGGAGCUGAAGGUUCUAGAACUGAAGAAUGUACUAAUCAGACCUCGCAUGAAGAACGUUAUCUGUCAUUACAUUGUCUUGUCAGAUUGAUGUUGGCUCGUGCUGGAGUGAGUGGUAUUGGUAGUGUAGCUUGUAGUGUCUGAGUCGAUCUCUCAGUAUUGUGGAAUAAUUAUAAUGUUAAAUGUAGGUGGCGGCGUGCACAUUACAUUUGUGCGAACGCCAAUUCAUUUAGAGAACAUGUCGCUGAAAUUCCUUGAAGAAUGUGAAGUUUGGGCUUGUCUAAACCACUUUGGAUGAGUCCCAAACUGCAUCAUAUUCCCAAUAUAGUACACUACUUUGGACCCAGAGACCUAUAGCACUAUGUAGGGAAUAGGGUACCAUUUGGGACGCAUCCUAUUAAAUUAUGUCUGGAGUGACCAGAUUGACUCCACUGUCUCGUCUUCCCUGUCCCCCUCGCUAUAAUCAUGCCUACACCAUAGGAAUAGAAUUGUCCAAAAAUAAACCACAAUACGAAGGCUCUGGUGAAUUCUGUUCUACAGAGUGGGCUGUUCACACUAUUCUCAAUUUGUCUACUGAAUCAUCUGAUGCAUGUUGUGUUUAUAUUUUUGUUCUAUAUACAACUAUUUCAAAGAUUUUACUGAGUUGGUUCAUAUAAGGAAAUCAGUCAAUUGAAAUCGGUACAUUAGGUCCUAAUCUAUGGCUUUCACAUGACUGAGAUUACAGAUACCUUUUAAAAAAAAUGGGCCUCAGGAUCUCGUCACAGUAUCUGUGUAUUCAAAUUGCCAUAGAUAAAAUGCAAUUGUGUUGUCCAUAGCUUAUGCCUGCCCUCACCAUAACCCCACUGCCACCAUCGGGCACUCCGUUGACAUCAGCAAACCACUCGCCCGCAGGACUCCAUAUACGUGGUCUGCGGUCGUGAGGCUGGUUGGACAUACUGAAAAAUUCUCUAAAACGACGUUCGAGGCAGCUUAUGGUAGAGAAAUUUACUUUCAAUUAUUUGGCAACAGCUCUGGUGGACAUUCCUGCAGUCAGCAUGCCAUGUACACGCUCCCUCAACUUGAGACAUCUGUGGCAUUGUGGUGUGACAACUGCACAUUUGAUUGGCCAUAUGUCUCCAGCACAAGGUACACCUGUGUAAUGAACAUGCUGUUUAAUCAGCUUCUUGUUUUGCCACACCUGUAAGGUGGAAGGAUUAUCUUGGCCAAGAAAAAUGCCCACUAACAGAUGUAAACAAAUUUGUGCACAAGAUUUGAGCAAAAAGCUUUUUGUGCGAACAUUUCUGGGAUCUUUUAUUUCAGCUCAUGAAACAUGGGACCAACACUUUACAUGUGUUUAUUUGUCCAGUGUAGAAUACUAGGUGGUUUGAGAGGUUCUUUUAUAUCUAUCUUUACAAAAAACUAAUUAUUUUAAAGGGUGCAGUAUGUAUAUUGGUGGCGGGCUGAGAAUAAAUCAAUAAUGUUUAUUUUAA